GUGCUUUCAAACGUCCUUUUUGCAUGCCGCCCCCCCCUUUUGUCCAGUAUGGGAGGCGUCGCCAUGGUGAGCCUGUCCAGCACGGAGCGGCCCGACGAGCAAGGCACCAUCGGCUCCUUGUGGUCCCUGGCCGGCGCCGUCCUCUACGCCGUCUACGUGGUGAUGAUCAAGAGACGGGUGGAUCGGGAGGACAAGCUGGACAUUCCCAUGUUCUUUGGUUUUGUGGGUCUGUUCAACCUGCUGCUGCUGUGGCCGGGCUUCCUGCUGCUUCACUACACGGGCUUCGAGGCCUUCGAGCUGCCCAGCCAGCUGGUUUGGGCCUACAUCCUCGUCAACGGCCUCAUCGGCACCGUUCUCUCCGAGUUCCUGUGGCUCUGGUGGGGUCGUCUGCUUUUUUCGAGCACCUCUGGCCGUGGACUUUGGCCGCAUCCAAAAUUGGAGCCUUUGGUGUGA